UCUCUCUCUCUCUCUCUCACGUACACACAUACAAGCAUUCUCUCUUUCUUUCCGUCUUUUCCUUUUUUCUCUUCUCUUUUGUUGACAAGAGAAAGAGAGAGAGAGAGAAAGACGAAAGGGAGUAACAUUGGUCACGUCGAAAUAGUGAUUCAUCGGCUCUCUAUCUCUUUCUCUCCCUUGUGAUCCUUUCAAAGUUAACGAGCUAUCUUCUCGUCUUCCGUUUUUAUCCUCGAUUUUGAAGCUUUCUACGAAUUCAUAGGAAUCGUUAACAACGAGGAUCCUAACUCUCUCUUUCUCUCCUGUACAGUCGUCUUAUAUUUUUGACACGGAUUUCCUGUACUCUCUCUUUCUCUCUCUCCCUCUCUCUAAUUUUCCAUGGAAUUCUUCGACCUUCGUCGUUUUUAUAGAAAGGAACAUUCGUGAAAUAGAUCAUCAGGAAUAUGCGCAACACCUUGAAAGUAACGAAAGCCCCCGGCGAAGACACGAGAACAACGACGAAGCUAUCGGCCUUCCCCCUUUCCUCCUUCUCCUCCUCGUUCUCCUCCUCCCUUGUACGAGAAGGAAGGGCUGUCACAUUGCCGGGACACGAGUGAACCAUGUUCCAGGAAAGCUCGUGGCAUCUCGAGGAUUUCGAUUAUGAGCUAACGGACAAAGUGACUUGGUGCGAUUCCGCGAGAUAGACCUUAGCUUCUUCUUUGACGGAUACGUUUAUACACGUAUGUGUAGCGGUGAACCAGCAUACGCCGACGACCGAAGAUAUCCACGGAAGUACUGAGAUCCUGUCUGCAGGGAUACGCGGUCCAUAUCCGGCCCGCCAUCUUGGCGGCAUGGUCCUUUGGGCCAGUAUACUAUUCCUGCAGGGAGCUGGGUUCGCAGGCUCGAUGACGAGCGGUAUUCCGGGAGUUCCGGAAAACAUAACGGUGAUGUUCCUAAACCCGACAUCCGUCCGUGUUUCUUGGAGCACCAGCCAGGUCGAGCAAGUUGAAAAGUACGACGUUACGUAUAAACCGACGGACGCCAGUUACAGGGUGGUGGCGGUGGUCGCAGGAAAUAGCGAAGCAGUUACGUUGAGCGGUCUAAGGGCCGACACGCAGUACCAACUAGUAGUCACUGCUGUGAGAGCAGGCAAAAAGUAUAGAAGUCGACCAAUCGUCUUCCGUACGCUCGAACCUCCGCGGACCUUUCCUCAGCAGGAUGCAGCAGUAACGAAUGGACCACUUCCUCCGUCUCCGCCGUCUUCUCAACAACCGCAAGCUUACAUACAAAUACGAGGCGUCGAAGUUGGCAUAGUUAUACUGGUGCUGAUAGUCUGGGCCGGUGCUAUAGCUCUCUUCUUCAAUCGUUGGGGUAAAAUUCGCAUGUUGUUGCCGUAUCAACCGGAUUACAAGGAACAAUUGAAAGUUCCUGGUACCGGCGUUUGUACGGCGACCAAUACGGCGUAUCCUCAACACUCGACACAGCACACGUGUUCCCAGCAUCAGCACUGGUCGAACCAUCACGUGGACUCUUUGGACAGUGGCAGUGGUUUAGGUUGGCCAAGACCGACAAGGCCACGUGUCAAUAGUGCCAUCGACGUCGCUGGCUUCCUUUCACAGGAAUUCCUCCGACGACAUGGGUCCACGUCAAAGUUAUGUCGAAAGGUUCGCAGUGCAGAUAAUUUGCCAUUGGCCUCGGCGAAUCGCCAAGCUCAUCAACGAAGAAGUUCAAGAAGCGAGGGAAACGAAGGAGAUCGAGAAUCUUUUUUGAAACCUAGUCAAGAAGAUCAAGAAAGAUAUGAAAUUGCGAGCCCAAAAAGGCAAGGCAGUCCUGAAAGUGGUUCCAAAGAUCUCACCGAGACGUCUUUGUUAGACUCGAAUUAUCAACAACCAUCGUCGAGGGACUCGCCGGUACCACCGCCGACGACAACAUCAUUGGUAGCAAAACGAUUCAGUGGUUGGCGCGUACCAGGAAGUCACGAAUACGUCAAAUGUCCUAUUCAACAGCCGGUCUCGAUGGACGAACGGUGUUAUCGACGAUCGUGCGAGCCAGAAAGCGGUCUUUUGUCGAGGCAUCAUCAUCAUCGGCAUCACCAUCACCAUCGUCUCGAUGGCGAACACUAUUCAAAGAGUUACGAUUAUACCAGACGUACUCCAGAAUCUAGCAUAGACGUGAAACAUUUUGGACUGCCGAUUUUGAGCGUGAGCGAGCCCAGCCCACCGGAUGAGGAUGGUCGAGUCGACGAUUAUUUGUAGGACUUGCUUGCCGAGGAUUUCCUCAAGGAACUCCUCGUAUGAUACCACCAUUUCUUUCUAUUUCUCUCUCUUUCUUCGUGUCUCUUUCUAUAUACCUUAAAUGAGCAACCUGUUAUUACACGCGUAGCCACAAAUAAUAUCGUUUGAAAUGAUACAUGGCUGUAAGUAAAUAUGUAUCGAUGCGAAUAUAAUUUCACGCGAUAUAAUGAAAAAAAUAAGGGGUUAUAAAAUUAAAAAAAAAGUAUUCCAACUAAUUCGAUUAUAUUGAAUGAAGUAAAAAUUAUAGGUAUUAGAAGAAACGUUUAAACAGAAGAAAUAUUUAUAACAAUUUCUUCGAAAUAAUCUACGAUCUAAUUAACGAUAUCUAAUAACAAGGCUGCUCGUCUCUAUAUUAUAUGUAUAUUUCUCUUGAUUUCUUCAUUACUGAAAACACGACCGUGUUUUUCCUGAUCAAAUUUAACGUUCUCGCUUUGAAGAUAAAAAAGAAUCGAUUUUUCCUAAGAAAUGAUAACGAAGUAUACGAUCGAUUCGUCUUGAUUAGGAUUUGAAGAACGUUGGGUUGAUCUGUCUGAUGAACCGUUCGUGUCUGUUUGAGAUACCAUAAGUAAUUAGAACAAAUAUUCAAGACAAACUUGACACCGUGUUUUCAUCAUCGUGGAAAAAACAAGAAAGAAUAUAUAUAAUAUAUAUAUAUAUAUAUAUAUAUAUAUAUAUAUAUUAUACAAAAAAUUAAUAUAUAAUUAUAAAACUUCAAAAAAAGAAGCCGAGAUAGUACUUCUCGUAAUUCAUUCGAAUUUAACUAAAAAAUAAUUUUGUCCACGAGGAGAAAACACCAUAACAGUUUUUCGAUUAAAAAAAAAAAAGUAGUAUCGCACGACAACGACGACGGACGAAAUGUCCAAUCGCAUCGCUUUCAUUCGAAGAUAAAAAAAUGAAUUUUAUUCUUCGGAAAUAAAAAAAAGAGAGAAGAAAUGUGGGAAGAGAGUCUCAUUUCCGCGAGAUGAUAAUUAAGGGACCAUGAUCGGUCGAAUCGAAUUGUACACAUAUUAACUUAUAGACGUAUCGUACUACGAUUAAAAUAUAUAUCACUUCGAGAUAUGAUAUCGAGAAAAAGAAGAAAAAAAAACAUAAGAAAUAUAAAGGAAUGUUACGACAAUUCUCCAAUCUGAAAUCUUGUAUGUUAAUAUAUAAGGAAAAGUACAUAAUACGUAUAUACAUAUGUACAAGAUGAAUCGUGAAA